AUUGCACUUGGAGAAGACAAGUGAAUCUGACUGAAAGACGGGGAUAUAGAUCAGUAAAUACACGGGAGGCAUAUUAACAAAGAUGGAGACUGAAAAGAAGAACAAUGCAGAAAAUGUGCCAGGCUGUGCAGACUGUGAUCUGUCAGAGCAGAUUAAAGCUGCGACCAAGGACAGCCAUGUCAGAGCGGAGAAUACCCAGCUAAUGUUGAGCUACCAGAGAGGACAAAUUACCCUGCAACAGUAUAAGGCCCUCCUGUGUUCACUGUAUGAGAUAUACAGAGCCCUGGAGGAGGAGCUGGACAGGAACUCCUCUCACCCAGGUGUUGCACCAGUAUACUUCCCCCAAGAGCUGGCGCGACUGGAGUCACUGGAGAAGGACCUGAGAUACUUUUACGGAGAGAGCUGGAGAGACAGGAUCAUCGUUCCAGCUGCUACCCACAGAUACACCCAGAGACUGAGAAAGGUUGGCAAAGAAAAUCCUGAAUUCCUGGUGGCCCAUGCUUACACCCGUUACCUGGGAGACCUGUCAGGGGGCCAGGUCCUGGGGCGCAUUACCCAGAAGUCCCUGGGGCUGACAAGCGGGGAGGGUCUGUCCUUCUUCUCGUUUCCUGGAGUGACCAGUCCCAAUCGCUUCAAGCAGCUGUACAGGAGCAGGAUGAACAGCAUCGAGCUGACCAAGGAGGAGAGGGAAGGGGUGCUGGAGGAAGCUGUGAGAGCCUUUGAGCUCAACAUCGAGGUUUUUGACGAUCUACAGAAAAUGUUAAGCAUCACAGAGAAGGAGACAGACAUCCGCCAAAGACAUACAACACACAACAAUAACUACAUGCCUCACGAGAUGAAGACAGAAAAGUACACAGGGACAGGAGGAGUUCAGAGCAGUGGCAGUGAUCUGUCAGAACAGAUUAAAGCCGUGACCAAGGACAGCCAUGUCAGAGCGGAGAAUACCCAGCUAAUGUUGAGCUACCAGAGAGGACAAAUUACCCUGAAACAGUAUAAGCUUCUCCUGUGUUCACUGUAUGAGAUAUACAGAGCCCUGGAGGAGGACCUGGACAGGAACUCCUCUCACCCAGGUGUUGCACCAAUAUACUUCCCCCUGGAACUGGCGCGACUGGAGUCACUGGAGAAGGACCUGGAAUACUUCUACGGAGAAAGCUGGAGAGACAGGAUCAUCGUCCCAGCUGCUACCCACAGAUACACACAGAGACUGAGAAAGGUUGGCAAAGAAAAUCCUGAAUUUCUGGUGGCCCAUGCUUACACCCGUUACCUGGGAGACCUGUCAGGGGGCCAGGUCCUGGGGCGCAUUACCCAGAAGUCCCUGGGGCUAGCAAGCGGGGAGGGUCUGUCCUUCUUCUCGUUUCCUGGAGUGACCAGUCCCAAUCGCUUCAAGCAGCUGUACAGGAGCAGGAUGAACAGCAUCGAGCUGACCAAGGAGGAGAGGGAAGGGGUGCUGGAGGAAGCUGUGAGAGCCUUUGAGCUCAACAUCGAGGUUUUUGACGAGCUACAGAAGAUCUUAAGUGUCACAGAGGAGGGUGAUGUCCAUCACAGACACGCAGCACACAGCAGCUACAGUGCUGAAGGGGACAGAACAGUGGCGAAGACACUACAAGUUCCAGCCGCGCUCGUCACCGCCUCCCCUCUUUUGCGACUGCUCCUCGGUGUUUGCGUCGCCUUGGCAACGGUCGGAGUGGGACUGUACACGUUUUGAAAUGGUUUCCAUACACUUCCAGUUCAUUAAUGACAGUAUUACAGCGUUUAAUAUGAAAUGCAUCAACGAUAUGGUUCCUACACUUGCAAUCUGUGCGCAAGAUUCUGGCACAGGUGAAAGGUUGCCCUCGUUCUUUCCCCAUGUUGCCAAGCAGCCCGAGUCCCUCCACGGUUUUCUUUGUUAUGAUUAAUGAGUUGAUUUUUACUGUUAACCCAGCACUGUCUUUGUUACAUGUAGCUCCACUGCACAAUGAACCUCAAUUGGAGCUAAUGAUACUUCCAGUUGAUGCGUAAUUUUGUAGUUUUGUACUGUGCCAGUAUCUUCACAAUAGGAACCCCUCCCUUUUGCCAGUUCAGUAUACUGUUUGAAAGUAAUGUUUUCUUCUGUCUUUUUAAAAGGAUAUUUGUCAUUAAAAAUACAUCUGUGUGAAAUGUAUGUCAGAUCAGUGUGAUCAGAUAUUACCGUGCAAUAUUAACUAUGCAGAGUUUUUAAAAUGAUUGUGUUGACUGUUUUGUUGACUAAAGUAAAUCAAAUACUGUACUGUAUGCUAUGUUUGUACUUUUUUUAAUAAAAUAUGUUUUUGAUUUUGAGUUA